UUGAUGGGAGCAUGCAUAACCCAGAAUUCAACCAUCUUUACAAAGUUAAAGAAAAGGCUUCUGGUGUUCCGCCAACCUCAGAGGAAAUGUGCCUUAAGAAAAAACAUGAUAUUUUGAUGGUUGUUGAUGGGUCUGGCAGCGUCGGGGAAGCAAAUUUUGAUAAAGUGAAAGAAUUCAUCCAGAAACUUAACACAAAGUUUGAUAUUGGACCAGGAAGGACACAGGAAGCGCUCGUGCAAUUUGGUUCUCCAUCACAUACACGAGUCGAGUUCAAUCUUGGGGAAAAGAAGACGUUGAAGGAAGUAAAUCAAGGAGUUAAACAGAUGAAAUAUCUGAGGUCGGGAACCGCAACUGGGGAUGCUUUAAGGAAAAGUAGAGCCAUGGUUUUCAAUGGAACUGGCAAUGACCGUCCUGAUGCCCCCAACGUCCUUGUACUCUUCACAGAUGGCCAAAGCAACGAUGACCAAGGUGUUGACUACCAAGUUGAACAAGCAAAGAUAUUAAAAAAUGACGGUGUGAAAAUUAUUGCAGUGGGAAUGGGAGAAACUGUUAUAAUAGAGGAACUUCGUACGAAAAUGCGGCAAAUAGCAAGCAUGGCUGCUGACAGUAGUGAUCCUCUGAUGUUUGAAACAAAUUUCGCAAAUUUGGAUUCGAUUUCCAAUAAUAUUACCACUGCAAUCUGUGGCGUGUGAACCGUAUAAAAUAUGUCGGAAAUCCUACAGUACCACAAUCCGUCAAGUUCGUUGAAACAUUGUUAGCAACAAUCGUAUUUAUUUAUAGCGAACGACAAAACUAGGGAAUACAUAUAGUUAAAUUUUGCGGGUCCCUAUUUCUGGGUCACCCUGUUGCAGCUUAACUGCAAGAAAAAUUAAUGCGUAACUUCUAUUCUGCAUGAGCCAUAUAGGUGUGCAAUAUAUAUACCACAGGAUAAAUUGGAUAGCGUACAAAUUUUCACCACCAUUAGCUGGACCAAUGUAAACAUAUUGAAAUAAGCUAUGGCUGUUAGGCCCAGUUACACAAUACGAGUCACCGGAUUAGUUUUCGCACCGGAUUAUCAACGUUGAUUCGAUAUACAUAUGGUGUCGGAUUUGUUUUGAUUAAACGAUACCGGAUUGAUUUAAAAUACAAACCAAAUAACGGGCAACGAGGGGAAGCAAACAGUCCAAAAUAAAUACUCUCGUGUGCAGGCAAUGAAGUAGAACUUCUUUUGGAGUCGGUAACCUUUGCAAGCGCGUUAUAUGUCCUUUUAUUUUUCCUCGAAACAUUAUUUUGAGUAAGUAAGAGAAGCGAUAAAUACCGGAUUAGAGCGAUUACACGGAAACAGAAAUUAACCGAAUCAUUUUUGAAGUCACCUCCAGAGCGGAGUGAUUUUCAUUUAGUGGAGGCGGUACCGGAUUGCUACAUCGUCGUGUAACUGCAACGUCUAUCUCAUACCGAGAUUAUUCCGAUCAAGCAAUCCGGUACUCUACUAAUCCGAAAUCCUGUAACUGGGGUCUUAGUGUACAGCGCCGGAUAUCUUAUUGAUAAUCUGAUAUCAGCUGUAUGCUUGUAUAUAUGGCACUCAAUAUACUUAUGUAUAAUAAUAUAUAAUUGCUAAAAGCACUUUAGAAUACCUUAUGUAAUAUAAGCGUUGUAUAAAUUGUAAAU